GAUUUAUUUCCCCUCAGUUGUAGGCUGUUACUUAGUGAGUAGACUCGCUCUGUUCUGGUGUGGCGUCCUUUCCAGUUCCCACUCACUGGAGAAAGGAGCAAACGAAGAACGAUUGAGUUUCACAGAGAGAGAUUUGAGAGAACAACAUUUACUAUUAUGGAAGCGUCUUCAUCAUCAGCGAUAGCACAGCAAACAUGGGAAUUAGAAAACAACAUAAUCCCAAUGGACACACCCGCAGACGAUUCCAUUUUCCACUACGACGAAGCAGGCCAAAACGAAUUCCAACGCGACAAGCCAUGGGCAAACGAUCCUCAUUACUUCAAGCGCGUUAAGAUCUCCGCACUCGCUUUACUCAAGAUGGUUGUUCACGCGCGCUCCGGUGGUACCAUCGAAGUUAUGGGACUCAUGCAAGGUAAAACCGACGCCGAUUCCAUCAUCGUUAUGGAUGCUUUUGCUUUACCUGUUGAAGGCACUGAAACUCGUGUCAAUGCUCAAGCUGAUGCCUAUGAAUAUAUGGUCGAUUAUUCUCAAACAAACAAACAGGCUGGAAGAUUGGAAAACGUUGUGGGAUGGUAUCAUUCUCAUCCUGGUUAUGGUUGUUGGCUAUCGGGGAUUGAUGUUUCGACACAGAUGUUGAAUCAGCAAUUUCAGGAACCAUUUUUGGCUGUUGUUAUUGAUCCAACCAGGACUGUUUCUGCUGGUAAAGUUGAAAUUGGGGCUUUCAGGACUUAUCCUGAAGGCUAUAAGCCUCCUGAUGAACCUAUUUCUGAGUAUCAAACUAUUCCUCUUAAUAAGAUUGAAGAUUUUGGCGUUCAUUGUAAACAGUAUUAUUCUUUGGAUAUCACUUACUUUAAGUCUUCUCUUGAUUCACACCUCUUGGAUUUGCUGUGGAACAAAUAUUGGGUGAAUACACUCUCAUCUUCUCCUUUAUUGGGCAAUGGAGACUAUGUAGCUGGACAAAUCUCGGAUUUAGCUGAAAAGCUAGAACAAGCAGAGAAUCAAUUGGCACACUCACGUUUUGGGCCACUAAUUGCACCUACACCUAGAAAGAAAGAAGAAGAAUCUCCUCUCGCUAAGAUCACCCGUGAUAGUGCAAAAAUAACGGUGGAGCAAGUGCAUGGUUUAAUGUCACAGGUAAUUAAGGACAUUCUGUUCAACUCUGUUCAUCAAGCAAACAAGUCUCGUACAGAUACAACAUCUGGCCCUGAGCCAAUGAUUGAAAGCUGAUUUUGAUUUCUACUAGGCGUGCAUUUGUACAACUUUUGUUUCUGUGACGUCGUCGACCAACAAGUAUACAUUCAACAGAUGGACAGUUAAUCUAGUUUUGCAUUUUUGUUUAGUGCUCUGUAUAUCUUUGUUGGCAUUGCAUCUCACAGGAACACUCGUUGACCAUAGAUAGACCAGGCAAUUGACAUGGGAUUGGGUUCUCCAAGAGUUGAUUAUAAACUGCAUAUAUUGUGUAGUUAUAAAUCUCACCUUUCUUUCACGUUUACAUUUUUUUUUUACUUUAUUGUGCUUUAAGACUCUCAACGUAUGGGAAGAGCUAUGUUUGAAUUGGCGCUGAGUUUGCUAUAGUCAUAGUGGACCGUGAUUGUGUAGUUAUUGUUUAAAUUGCAGGGGUUCACCAUAAUUCCGUCAA